AUGCUGGCUGGUGGGCCGUCUCGCCAAGAGUCGGAGAAAUGCAGGCGUUCAGGUUCUGCAGUCGAGCGAUACAUAGAGAUUCAGCAGUACUAUGGAAAGCCAGUCCCGCGCUGGGCUGGAUCCAACUCCUAUAUUGCUUCGCUUAUUCGCUGA